UCUGCUUUCAUUGCCUCUGCUGCCUCGCGCAGGUAGCGCCUCAGAGCGAAGAUGGCGACGGACAAACAGAAACAUGAAGGCAGGGUGAAAAUCGGACAUUACAUUCUCGGAGAUACACUGGGCGUGGGAACGUUUGGAAAAGUCAAAGUUGGUCAGCAUGAGUUAACCAAGCACCAGGUGGCGGUAAAGAUACUGAACCGGCAGAAGAUUCGCAGUCUGGAUGUGGUGGGAAAGAUUCGGCGUGAAAUCCAGAACCUCAAACUCUUCCGUCACCCACAUAUAAUCAAACUUUAUCAAGUGAUCAGCACACCAACAGACAUCUUCAUGGUGAUGGAAUAUGUGUCUGGAGGAGAACUCUUUGACUACAUCUGUAAAAAUGGAAAGUUGGAUGAGAAGGAGAGCAGGCGUCUCUUCCAGCAGAUCAUCUCUGGGGUGGAUUACUGUCACAGACACAUGGUUGUUCACAGAGACCUAAAGCCCGAAAACGUCCUGCUGGAUGCGCACAUGAAUGCCAAGAUCGCAGAUUUUGGCUUAUCAAACAUGAUGUCGGAUGGAGAGUUUUUAAGGACGAGUUGUGGCUCUCCUAACUAUGCUGCUCCUGAGGUCAUUUCUGGAAGGUUGUACGCAGGGCCUGAGGUGGACAUCUGGAGCAGCGGUGUGAUUUUAUAUGCGCUUCUGUGUGGAACGCUGCCGUUUGACGAUGACCACGUGCCAACACUGUUCAAGAAGAUCUGCGAUGGCAUCUUCUUCACGCCUCAAUACCUGAACCCCUCUGUCAUAAGCCUUUUGAAGCACAUGCUUCAGGUGGACCCCAUGAAGAGAGCGACUAUUAAAGAGAUUCGGGAGGAUGAGUGGUUUAAACAAGAUCUCCCCAAGUAUCUAUUUCCAGAAGAUGCUUCAUACAGCAGCAAUAUGAUUGAUGAGGAGGCACUGAAGGAGGUGUGCGAGAAGUUUGAGUGCACUGAAGAGGAGGUGCUCAAUUGCCUGUACAGUCGGAAUCAUCAGGAUCCUCUAGCUGUUGCUUAUCACUUGAUCAUAGACAACCGCCGCAUUAUGAAUGAGGCCAAAGACUUCUACUUGGCCUGCAGUCCACCAGACAGCUUUCUGGACGAUCUGCCCGCGCACCACACUGCUAAGGUUCACCCUGAAAGAGUGCCCUUCCUGGUAACCGAGUCUCAGCCACGUCCCCGGCACACACUAGAUGAGCUGAACCCACAAAAAUCCAAGCACCUUGGGGUUCGGCGGGCCAAGUGGCACCUAGGGAUCCGAAGCCAGAGCAGACCAAAUGACAUCAUGAGCGAGGUCUGUCGUGCCAUGAAGACGCUGGACUACGAGUGGAAGGUUGUGAAUCCUUAUUACUUGCGGGUGCGGAGGAAGAACCCGGUUACUGGCAUGAACACCAAGAUGAGUCUCCAGCUUUACCAGGUGGACAGCAGGACCUAUUUACUGGACUUCAGGAGCAUAGAUGACGACAUGAUGGAGGUAAAAUCAGGGACCGCCACGCCUCACCGCUCCGGCUCAGUUGGGAACUACCGGACUUCCCUAAAGAAUGAGAAGAACGAAUGUGACGAGGUGGUAAAGGGGGACGGGUCCGCACCCUCCACGCCUCCGAUAGGAGGAAAGCAGAUGGAAGGCUCUCUGGCUUCCUCUCUUACCUCUUCAGUGGAUUCCACCGGGGGAGAGAUUUUUCCCCGUCCGGGAAGUCACACCAUAGAGUUUUUUGAGAUGUGCGCCAAUCUCAUCAAGCUGCUAGCACGAUAACUUAUGGUUCCUCUGAUGCCUUCUUUCUCUCACUCUCUCUCUUUCUCUCUCUUUGUCUUCCUGGCUUUAUUUCCUCUUUCUUCUAGAAUACUGUCUCCCUCUUUGUAUUCUGGCAUCCGUGUCUUCAUCCACAGCAGUCCUAGUCGCUCUCUCCUUUCGUCUCCCUUUUCUCUCAGUGUCUUUAGAGCAAUAAGCAUGCAGACAAGACUCCAGACUCUAUGCAUCCCAUUUGCAUGAGCAAGCUGAAUAGUCAGUGGCACUAAAGUCAGCCAAUAUCAGCCUGUUUUAAGGGGUCUACAGUGGUAGAGGGAUUUGAGAUAAGGUGCGAGAGGGAAAGCAUGGAGGUUAUUAAUUUUGUGCCACAGUCAGAUGAGGGAAUGAUUGCUAAGCCACUUUAUAGUAUCAAUACUCUUUUAGAGAUGGUUUUACAAUUCUUUUCUCUGGUUUUAUAGCAAGGAUUUCCUUGCAGAGAGUGAGGUGUGGAGGCGUCUGUGCAUAUAAUUUUUUUGAGUUACUACACUGAGCUAGCUGUACUGUACACAAUGAUAUUGCGAUUCUUGGCAGACCAAGAGAUGUAGAAAUAAUGGGCCCUUAUGAGGCACGUGGGACAGCAAAUGAGGCAGAAAGCGCUUUUGCACAGUUUUACGUUGUACGUGUCUGUGGGCCACUGUCGUGACUGGCAAUCUUAUUAAAGUGGCCAGCUAAGCAGGGCACUGGAAUAGGAGGAGCCGACUUAAAAAGUGGGCCACUGAUGGGAGGGGCCAGCUUGUUAUGGUGGGCACUUUAACACAAAGGGACAACUUGAUGAGUCAGCCUUAUUCUUAAGGAAGAGGCCAAUAUAAGAACCAGUUUAUACUGAAGAAGUGCAAUGUCUUUGCCUCUUUCAUUUCAUAGAUGAGAAAGUUUGUUUUGUCUUAUGUUUUGCAACUAUAUCUGUCAUGUCAUAACGCACCAUUUUUUCAUUUACCUACAUUUUUCAUAAAUAUACGUAUAUACAGAUUGAAUUUAAAAAGCAUUUGGAUUUAUAUUUAUCAGUGCUUUAAUGGGGUUGUAGAUUAUAAUGAAAUUGUGAUAAUGGACUGGAUUUUUUUUUUUUUUUUUUAAGAAAUAUUUGAUUAUAUUGCUGUAAGAUGUUUUAGUCCAUACCCUGCUUUAUCAAAGAUUUUUCUUUUUUUGUACUAUUUUAAUUGUUUUACAAAACGAUGGUGGCUUGAAAAAUUCAACUGUAUUUUCUCUUCUCUUUCCCAAAGUAAGUUUCUGUAGAUGAAAAUAACCAAUAUUAGAACCUCUGUAUGGUUUUAUUUUAGAGUUUCUUGCAAAGCUGCAAAGAUACGUUUUUAAACGCAUAAACUGCAGCUGAUGGAUUAAAUAUUCAUAGUUUUCACCAGAAUAUAAAUAAAAUGAGAUCGUAGUAGCCUACAAAAUAUACAAGUAGAAAACGAAUGCUACAGACUGAAGGAAAGGUCCUUAAAAGUUCAUUGUUAAGGAUGAACCAAACGAUGACGUGGAUGUUGUCAAAAGAUGAAAUGUUCUGCAAAAAUAGCACAUUCCACAUGCAUGUGACUUCAUGCGAUCUUAAAUGAGCCUGCACUGCGCUAUGUACAAUGCACAGUAUACUUAAAUCCAGGACUGCAACUAAUUAAAAGAGAGUGAAAAUAUAUUUUAUGUGGAGGCUUACUGACCAAAACAAGCCUUUAAGUCUUAGCAGUUGACACAGAGUAACUAAUUUGUCUGCAUUUCUUUUCUGUAAAGUAAAUUAAUCUUUUCUAUACAACCAAUGAACACUUUGGAAUUUGAAAGGGGUUUGAAAUUGAAAACACAAAUGGCAAUAUUUUGUUUAAAAAGAAAAGCAGACUUCUAAUUUGAUUUAUUGAUGUUUUGAAUAUUUGUGUUACACAGGUUUAGGUUCCUGAAAACAGGUUAGGUCCAGUGUCUUAUUUGUUCUAAACUGCACUGUCCUUAUAGAUUCUUUAUUAACAAAACUUUAAGCUAAAACUUGACAAUCUAUGCCUUGCAAGCCAGCUUUAAGACAAAUCCUGAGGAAAUACUACAAAUUUUCUGUUGACGUAAUUCAACUGCCUUACCAUUUGGGGAAAAACAACAUAAAAGUAUAUCCGAGAUUUAGCAAAGGACCCUUACAAGUUAAAGUUUAUCACGAUCCCAUUUUACUGAUGUGUGUGAAAACAAAUUGGGCCACAUUUCAGUAUCUAUGCUGGCUGUUUGUUCAGCCUUGGAAGACAAAAAAAAUCUGUCUUAACUGCUUUAAAAAUAGGAGUUUUGUUAUUGAUCUGCUGAACGAGACCCUAUCAAGGCUUGCCAAUGUAAAUGUACAGAUAAUUACUGAUAAUUUCCCAUUUAAAGAUGAUUGUAAAUACAACUACCUAAUAAAAUGCUACAUGAAGACUGA